AUGGCAGAUGAACUCGACCGAAGACUCGAUGCGGCUGUCAAUGAGGUUUUUGAUGAAUAUUUUGAAGAAACAUACAACAACAUUGUGGAGAAUCGAACUGCAAAAAAGAAGAAACGUGCAUAUGUCGAAAGAAACCAAGAAGCGGGCCACAACCGUCUAUGGAAUGACUACUUCAGUGAAGAUCCGACAUUUCCGCCUCAUUUAUUCAGACGCCGUUUCCGCAUGAACAAGGAAGUAUUCAUGCGUAUUGUCGACACCCUCUCAGCAAAUGUUCCAUUCUUUCAACAAAGAAGAGAUGCAGUUGGAAGGUUAGGUCUAUCAACACUACAAAAGUGUACGGCAGCUAUUCGUAUGCUUGCUUACGGCUCUGCGGCUGACGCCGUUGACGAAUAUCUCCGACUUGGUACCUUAAACGAUAUUAACGUCCUUGAUCGGUCACCUGUUUUUGAUGAAAUUUACCAAGGUCGAGCUCCAAGGGUAACGUACAUGGUCAACGGACACCAGUAUGAUUUGGCUUACUACCUCACGGACGGUAUAUAUCCAAAAUGGUCAACAUUUAUCCAAUCUAUCACACUCCCUCAAGGUUCUAAAUCAGCGUUAUUUGCUAAAGUUCAAGAAGCAACCCGAAAAGAUGUGGGUGUGCUUUUGGUGUAUGUAUCAUACUACAUAAUAUGA